CUCCAAACUACCGCUCUUCACCUCGCCCUAUUUCACUUCAAACUGAAUCACACAAACGUCCAGCAGAUUAAGCUACUCUCUCAUUCUUGGCUUUUCUUCCAUAUCUGUCCCCCAACAUUUCCCCGGAAGCUACUUCUCUUUUAGAUCUAUUUUUUUUCUCCUAAUCUCUUCUAACUGUUGACCCAUUUUUCAUUAUGACCUGCUCAACAAUGCAUCCUUCUUCCAAACCACACAUUAAAUCAACCUUUCAACAUAACUUGUUACUACUCAAAAUGAUUCGUGCAGACUAAUCAAAAAUCCAUUUUAAACAUCUCAUUUUGCAAUUUUAUUGUGCGUUUGGUAUGUUUCCUUCAUAAACUGAAUCUUCAAUUACCUUUCCUGCCAAUUCACAUAUUUCCUGUCAAACCCCCCUCUAUCCAAAUCACAUCUCGUAUCUUUACACAUUUACACAUCACGAACAACUUCAAAGCUGCAAUGUGGUCUACCUUCUUUCUGCACGAAGACGAUGGGCGGCCGUUACCACCUGGGGCCUCUCUAGGAAGUGGGGCCUUGGGAGGUGUCAUGGGUGGGGGCUUUGGUGGCAGAGGGGCUGGUGCCGGGGCCAUGGGGAUUAAGCGGCGGGCGCUGAAAUCAUCGACUUCAGGACACCCGAGGGGCUUGACCGAGAUGCAGGAGGGCAAGAUCAAGCUGGCCUUCUUCGUGGCCAUCGUGGGGGUGGUGAUGACUGUCCUGGGCCUGGGCACUGACUUCUGGGUGGAGCUUUCCCCGCCAAAGAGCUUCUACAACAACCGCACCUGUCUAGCAGCCCACUACGGGCUGUGGAAGGGAUGCACUCGGACGCUGUGGGUGGCCGACAUUGAUCCAGAGCGGGACAGCUGCGGGCCAGCCGAACUGCCAGGAGAAUCAAACUGCACCUACUUCAAAUUCUACACCACUGGGGAGAACACAGUCAUCUUCCGGAAGACGACGGACAAGAGUCUAAAUGUGGUCACGGCUAUGAUGGCACUCUGCAGUCUGUUUCUGAUGUUAAUGGGGUCCAUAUGCAUCAGCAUGUCCCUCAGCAAGGGAGAAUCAUUCUUCCUUAAGCCUGCUUCAGUUUGUUUCAUUCUGUCAGGCAUUCUGGUGCUCCUAUCACUUCUUGUUUUCAACCAAUCAGUCGUUUUGUUCCUAGCCAGCGACCACUUGGUUCCAUUGCAUCAUGAGCUGUCCUGGUCUGUAUCCUGUGUUGGGUGUGCAGGGGCUAUUCUUAUUUUGGGUGGAAUCAUCUUUCUCGUGCUUUCACUCCCAUACAAUCCCUGCCGAAGGUGUUUACCCCAACAGAAUGAAAGCAACAGUUAGUGGUAAGGAAGAGGUAUCUAAAUACAGUAGGGCUCUCAUGUUUGGCCCCUUUUAUUGUGCUCCUAAACACAUUUUAACCACCAUGCUAGUAAUCCUGCUUCCAAACAAUGGAGAGUUGCAAAACUCUCUGAAGUUAAUCAUUCAUUUAAAAGUUAAAAAAAAGUUUACAUGGAUAAAAAACAAAUAUAUUUUUUAUAUAAUGCAUUUUUUUUAAGUAAACUUUUAAAUGAAUGUUUCACCACAGAGAUUUCUGUACCUAUUCAACUUUUGAACUGUGUACUGGGAAAAUGCAAUUCUGUUUGACUUUCCAAGUCAUCAUGUCCAAAAAGAGGUGGUGGAGCGCGUGGUCUUUGAUCUUAUACGGAUGCCGAAACAAUAUAUAGUCCCUCUCGCCUUAGUUCAUUUUGUCUGAAAUAAGUUGAAAUAAUGGAAAGCCUAUGGAUAAUGUAAUUUGCAAAUGUUUCCCCAAAAGUCAAAUCCAAACUAAUUUAAAAAAGGUAAUGAAUAAGUGUAAAAGCAACAAUAGCUCACAGUUUUAUUUGGUAAUAUUAAGUAUUAAGUGUUUAUUUAAAGCAUUGAUGGUAUUGUGAUUGCUUUAGUAAAACAAUUAAAUAAUCUUAAGUAAUUUGAAUACAGUUAAAUAUAGAAUACAGUUAAAUUUUGAAUUAAGAAUAGCUUCAAAUUAAGGAUUUCUUGCUAAAGUGUCCUUGCAAUUCACAUAUAUUUAAUACUGUGUUUAAUAUACAUGGUAUGCUGUAUAGUAAAUAGACAUUCAAUUCUCAAAUAUAAAUGUGUCAGACUUCAGAGGUCUAGUCAAGUUGAGUCUACAGCCUAGGUAAAUUUUUUGGUAGUUUCAGUUACAUUCCACAGUUUAAACAUGGAAAAGAUAAGCACAGUGUAAAUUCCAGAUCUGCAGCAGGGCUUAUCUUUUCCAUUCAGUUGUGCAGCUUGAGCUACAAAAACUGAUAGCAAGGGAUGUGCAGACUCAUAUUUACCUUAAAUUAUUUCUGAGGUGUGAAAACAUUUCAUACAUUUGGAUCAUGGAGUCUAAUGUCCCUUUGCAUUUUAGCGGCGCCAUCUACUCUUGUUGUCUUGAUGACUAUAUUCUAGAAUUGCUAAUAAAUGGUUUAGGCACCACUGUCUAAAACAUUGUUCCCUGAAAGUCUGCCAAUUUAAUCCUAAAUCUUAAUGAAGAGGUCACAAUGUGUCACAAUUUAUAAUAGCAGUUGGGGGGGCUAACUGGUUGCUGUACAAAACCAAUUCCAAAAAGUUGGGACACUGUACAAUUGUGAAUAAAAACAAAAUGCAAUGAUGUGGAAGUU